AUGGUACAAAACAAGAGAAACAAUACCAAGCAAACAAAGGUGUUGGCUGAGACGUCCACGCCAGGUGGCGCAAAACAUUAUGUUACUUACAUGAGUUGUCUACCAUUGGAGGAUGAAGAGAAGUUAUCUAUUCUUUGUUUCAGGGUAUUGAUAUUAUUAAAACCUUUUUCGGUUAUUGUUAUAAAGAAAAAAAAGAUUAACAGGGCUCUUAUCUCACACAUAAGCAAGAGUGAAUACACAGAUCUUUUAUUCGUCCUCAUGGUUGGAAUGUUGCUGGUAAGUGGGCCAUUCAUGUAUUACCAGAAAAGGCAAGCAAGUCCAAUGCAAGGGGUUUCAAGAAUCCCGACGAACCCUCCUAGGUUUUAGCAUGGACCAGUUAAAGCGAUUCAAUCAUCGCUCGUAUUGAUACGUUGUGCCAUUUUGGUUUUACUGUUUAGCUUUUGCCAUUGUAAUCUAUCUUCUCCACAAAUGUACCUGCAGAGGAAGCUUCUGACAGGAGUAGAAACCAUAGUGGGUAGCCUUCUUACAUUUGUGCUGCCUUGGAUUGAAUUCAUGAACCAAAUCGUUUGUAUCAUACUAUGUAACAAAUUGUGCUUUUUCUUCAUCACACCAGCAGAUUUCCCUGACCGAGUAAGAACGCUUUGGGUCUCAGCUUCAUUGCGGAAGUCGGGUUGUCAUUAACCGGUAUCUUAGCCUUCAGGUUCCAUUUCGUUCAGAUCAUCACAGCAGCAAAUGCCAUGUAAGAUGGUUUUCAGCCGAAACUUGAUGCCAUCUACUGGCAUCAACAUCUAUUGGCACUAACAUCCUGAGAAAAAACUCUGACCAAUGGGGA